CCACCGUGAACGCGCAUUGCUCUCCUCGUGCCCGAGCACAACUUCACCGACUUCAGCUUUUCUCUCUUCCAGGUUUAUUAUUUGUUUUUUUUUCACAUUCACAUUUUUUUAUUCAACACAGCCACAAUAUGUGGAAAUCUGUGGUGGGUCACAAUGUGAGUGUGAAAGUGGCAUCUGAGGGAGAUGACUGGGAAACAGAUCCAGAUUUUGAGAAUGACGUGUCGGAGCAGGAACAGAGGUGGGGAUCAAAAACCAUUGAAGGAUCAGGACGCAAAGAGCACAUCAGCGUGGUUGAGCUCAGACAGAAGGUAUCUCAGGAGCAUGAGACUGUGAAGAAGAAGGAGCAGGAGGAAGGUCCGAAAGCGUCAUAUGGAUAUGGCGGCAAAUUCGGCGUCGAGAAAGACAGGAUGGAUAAGGAUGCAGUGGGGCACAGCUAUGUAGCACAGGUGGCACAGCACUCGUCCCAGAUAGACGCAUCGAAGGGUUUUGGAGGGAAAUUUGGCGUACAGAAGGACCGUAUAGACCAGUCGGCUUUGGGUUAUGAGUAUAAAGGGGAAGUUGAGCAACACGCCUCUCAGAAAGAUUACUCUAAAGGCUUUGGAGGGAAGUUUGGGGUGCAGAAGGAGCGAGUGGAUAAAGCGGCUCUGGGUUAUGAUUAUAAAGGAGAAACUGAGAAACACGAGUCACAGAAAGAUUACUCUAAAGGCUUUGGAGGGAAGUUUGGGGUGCAGAAAGAGAGAGUCGAUAAAGCGGCUCUGGGUUACGAUUAUAAAGGAGAAACUGAGAAACACGAGUCACAGAAAGAUUACUCUAAAGGCUUUGGAGGGAAGUUUGGGGUGCAGAAGGAGCGAGUCGAUAAAGCGGCUCUGGGUUACGAUUAUAAAGGAGAAACUGAGAAACACGAGUCCCAGAAAGACUAUGCUAAAGGUUUCGGAGGACGUUACGGUGUACAGGCCGACCGCAUGGAUAAGAACGCAGUCUCCUUCAGUGAAAUGGAGUCUCCCACAUCAUCCUACGAGAAAACUCAACCACUCGAGGCCUCGACUUCAGGAGCCGGAAAGCUGAAGUCCCGCUUUGAGAAUAUGGCGAAGACGGCAGAGGAGGAGAACAGGAAGCGAGCAGAGGAGGAGCGAGCGAGGAGACAGGCUCGAGAGAGGAGAGAAAAAGAGGAGGCACAGAAGAGACAAGAGGUGACGAGCUGUCAGUAUGAGGAAGAGGUACAGAGGCCUGCUAUCAUCCCUGAAGCUGCAAAAUUGUCACAGGACUUCAGGCCACUUCCUGAAAUUCCCAGAGACUCUCCUGAACCUGUGACCCAGGUGGAUGAUGAGCAGCCUGAUAAUGACUAUGACGAGCCCCCGUCUCUGCCCCCUCGGGCUGAUGACCUGUUGGAGGAAGAUGACUCUGUUCCUCCUCCUCUUCCUCACAGAGAGCUCGAUGAAGGAGAAUACGAGGACCUCGGACCAGCUCAUUCCGCCGAGGAAGACGACUCUGUUCCUCCUCCUCUUCCUCAGAGAGACCUCGAUGAAGAAGAAUACGAGGACCUCGGACCAGCUCAUUCCGCCGAGGAAGACGACUCUGUUCCUCCUCCUCUUCCUCAGAGAGACCUCGAUGAAGCAGAAUAUGAGGACCUCAGACCAGCUCAUGACGCCGAUGGUGAGAACAAUUAUGAAGAUAUAAACCCCUGCGGAACAUCAGCCAGGGCUCUGUACGACUAUCAGGGGGAGGCGGAUGAUGAGAUCUCCUUCUGUCCUGAUGACAUCAUCACUAACAUUGAGAUGGUGGAUGAGGGCUGGUGGAAAGGAAGCUGUCACGGACGCACCGGCCUUUUCCCAGCAUCCUUUGUGCAGCUCCUGUAAACAGAAACACCACCAGUAUUUCUGUACAAUUUACACCUUUCUCUUUUGGGUUGUCUCGUUACUGACCACAAGGUUGCCAGAUCUUCUGUAAAAAGUGCACCUGCUGGUUUUAUUGUGUCAUGUAUCUGAUGUCAUACAGUCAGUCAGGGUGAUACGCAGAUUAGGCGUAAAUAGGAAUUUUUUAAAAAAAAUUAUUAUUGACUCCAUUGACAAAUCUCCCAGAAAGUGUGUUCUUUGUGCCAGGUGUGUGUUGAUGUUUGUUAUAUUUCAUAUCAUGAUAACUGCACAAUAUUUUAUCGUGGUUUACGAUAUCAGAUCAUUGCAUUUUCUCUAUGUUUUAUAAAAUAGAUCAUUUUUUAAAAUUUCUUCAACAGAUUUCCAAGCUUGCCAGACAAAUACAAAGUCAACAUUCUGCCUUUUCUCUGGUAUGCAGUUUCUUAAUAGGAGUUUAAAUGCAGGAUAAAGUAUUGGCACCCUUCUCCCUUUAAGUCAGUGUGUAUGUUAACUAUCACGAUAUUCUCUAACUGCUUACUGUGUGUGUGGGAGGGAGGAUGCAGAUUUGGCAAUGAAACAGUGCAAUAUGUCAGGAAUAACUCGCCAUGUGUAGUGCUGUUGCAGUAAAACAAUCAGUGAUGAAGCAGAGUGAUUGUUUCCACCCUGAAGCUGAUUAUUUUUCCUGGCAAUUGAUUCCAUUUUUUUUUAUUUAUUAAAGAACAGUACAUUGUACUUUUUAUCCAUUUAUAGUUGCAUUUAAUAUUCAUCUAGUUAGUUCCGGUCCUCUCAACAGUCGUUCCGUCACAUCUCUUAAAACUAAUCCCUGUUACUAUAGAAACAAUGAUCUAUUAGAACAAAUGCAUUUAUAUAAACCUGUGCUACUGCCACACCUUCUUCUGACCAAUCAGAGUCCAGGAUUCAGCAGCGUUGUACAGCCAGUACAAUUAACACUUUGAUUUUUUUUCUCCAUCUGGAAAAAUAUCACAAUCCUGUUCCAUCUAAAGCCUUUUUACCAACAGUGAAUGUUUUAUUCUGUGUUUUAUAAAAUAAACUGCUAAAGAGUCCGUCAA